GUGUACCCCGCCUUCGCCCUUCAGUAGCCGGGUUAGGCUCCGGCACCCCCGCGACCCCGAAAGGGAAGAAGCGGUCAAGAAGAUGGAUGGAUGGAUGGAUCAGAUGGGGAUGCUGUUAAUUGUCCACAGAAGAGUGACAGAAAAAUGUUUAAACCGAGAAAACAAGAGUAAUAGAAUCAUUGAAAUGUGCAAAUAUAAGCAGGAAGUUAGAAAAAAAAAAAAAAAAAAGCUCUAAACUAGUGAAAAACCACAUUGAUGACAUACGUCUACUCUUGGAGCAUCUCUUGUGGCAAGGAUGAGGCUACAACUCAACUGUUGGUUUAUAAUGAUCUGUUAUUCAAGCAUGGGGGUAGAAGCAUCAUGGUGUGUGGCUGCUCUGCUUCAAAAGUAACUUUCAAGCUUCACAACACAAGGAACCUUACUGUAAUGCAAUCCUAUUUAUUCCGACAGGAGCCAGCCAAAUCAAGGUUAUGCACAGAAGAUUUUCUGAGAAAUCAGGAAGUUUCAGAUUGGAGUGUGACAGUCCAAAAGAUCAAAAUCACAAAAAAGUGAUAUGACAAGAGUCAACAUUUUAUUUUUCAAGAAACAAAACCACUCUUUAGGUUAAAAAAAUUGUAAACUCCACAUCCAAGGUGACUAAAUAUUCUUUGUAGACCCCAAAAUAUAAAUAAAAAAAAUCAUGUAGCGUUUUAUUGAUGUCCGAAUAAUUUCAUUUGAAAAGUAUUAUAACAGAGUGACAAUUGACUUUCACAACUUUAACAAUUCAGUAAUUCUUUUCUUUUUUGCAGGAUUUGUGUCCUUUGAUAUACCGGUAAUCUAAAUAAUAAAUAUAUGUAUUGGCUCCCACAGUUUUUAAAAACAUAAUCUUGUGUCAGGGAUAUUUUGUAACCCUAACAAAUCAACUGCAUUUGACCAAUCAUAAUUUUUGAGUUAAUUGUGAUUUAAGCAAAGAAGAGAACAAGCUCUCGGGUUGUCGCCCUCUACUGGUGGAUUUGUCAGUUUCAUAAGAUUCAAAGCUCCGAUAUUUUAUAUCUUAAAGCAAAAUUGACAAAACUUUUGUCGAUCAGAAUCACACCCUGCUGCUCGGCUGCAGUGCGUCCGUUAACCGGUAACUACCUGCAACAUGGGGGAAAGCUACGGUAUUUAAGAAAGUGAUAACAGGAAAUGGGGUAUCCUCAGAAUAAAAGCUUUAAAGUAGUUCUCAAACAAACCGAAUUUAGCCUCAGAAGAGUCCAAAAUUUGACAAAGUUAUUAUAAAAGUAUCUGCAUUCAUUAUUCUUAAAAAAAUAAAUAUUUUUUAAUAGAGUGGCCAAGUGACGUAUCAGCAAUUGUGCUAAUAUUGUGCGGAUGACAUUUGCAUACUGCUUCACAGGUUUUUUCUUCUUCUGGAGAUUUGUAUACAAAAUAAAAAGUACAUUUUCACAUUUUAUUUGGUCUGUUGACAUGCAUUUGAACUUUUUAAAAAUAUAUAUUUUUACUUAAUUUACAUUCUUAGUAUUAAUUACAAAAAGGCGUAAAAGUGCCAAAAAAAAAAAAAAAAAAAAAAGAGGAAAUUUUAAAAACGACAUUCGUUGAGUUAGUUUAAUCUUAUUUUGAAAAGCACCCGGAAGCUCAGACGUUUCAUUUCGUCCGUCUUCACGCAGGUUAGCGGAGGACGCGCAGCGUCGCCGCCUCAUUAGGAGGCGCUCACUGACACUCGGGACCAGACUUUGGAUUUUCGGGUUUUCCCGGAGGCGCACGCGGGGGCACGGACCGCGGAGGGAGAAGCCCCGUGACGGAUACAGUACAGGCUGGAAUGGCGGACCGGGACCCGCACGCGCUUCCCGCUGAGGUGCGGACCAAACUGGCCGAGCUGGAGCUGGAGUUGUCCGAGGGGUUCUGGAUGCUGGCAGAAGCUAGAACAUGUGACCCAGCGACCCGUCAGAGCUGGUUCUGUUCUUCCAGCAGCCUGCGGGAGUGAAACAUCCCACAGCCAAGAACAGAAGAGAACUGUGAUAUCACUCAGAAGGGCUAUGAAAAGAAGCGAUCCAAGCUAAUUGGAACCUACCUCCCUCAAGCACCAGGUAUGGAUCCCCCCAUUGGCCAGGAAAGGAGAGCCCCCGUCACCCCCACCUCGUCAUCCCGAUACAACCGCCGGCGGUCCUCUGGCUCCAGAGACGAACGCUACAGAUCAGAUGUGCACACAGAGGCCGUCCAGGCCGCCCUGGCCAAGCACAAAGAAAGAAAGAUGGCGGUUCCGAUGCCAUCCAAGCGGCGGUCGUUGGUGGUUCAGACCUCCAUGGAUGCCUACACACCUCCAGACACUUCCUCAGGCUCGGAGGGUGAAGGGCAGGGCGAGGGUGAUGAGGAAGAAGGCAGAGAUGGAGAAGAGGAGGACGGUGGAGGCGGCGGAGGAACCUCUUCCAGCCGGGAGGGCAGCAUCAGCAUGGAGCACUGGAUUACCCGAGCGAUUCACGGCACAUCCUCCACCACGACCACCACGUCGUCCACGGCCUCCUCCUCCUCUUCGUCCACACGCAGCGGGGGCAGCGGCGCCGCAGCGAGCAGGCUGGCCGACGUUCUGGCUCAGCACGUCCACAUCUCUGCUCAGCACCGCAACCGUCAUCACCACCGCCACAAGACAGAGAACCACUCCGCCCCCCCUGAUGUGACAGGCUACACCAACACAACCACCGACGGGAUCCAGGUGGAGAGAUCUCCGCUUUCCGUCACUUCAGCCCAAAGACAGAUCCCCAAGUACGGCAAUGCUGAGCUCAUGGACACGGGAGACGGGGUUCCAGUCAGCAGCAGAGUCUCAGCAAAAAUCCAGCAGCUCGUCAACACCCUGAAGAGACCCAAACGGCCGCCGUUACGGGAGUUUUUUGUGGACGACUUUGAGGAGCUCCUGGAAGUUCAACAGCCAGACCCUAACCAGCCCAAAGCAGAGGGGGCCCAGAUGGUUGCUGUGCAGGGGGAGAAGCUGGGGGUGGUGACCAACUGGCCCCCGUCUCUCGAGGCAGCUCUUCAGAGGUGGGGCACCAUCUCUCCAAAAGCCCCCUGUCUGACCACCAUGGACACCAACGGCAAACCGCUCCAUGUCCUCACCUACGGUAAGCUGUGGUCCAGAAGUGUGAAGGUGGCCUACAACCUGCUGCACAAGCUGGGAACCAAACAGGAACCACUCGUAAGGCCUGGAGACCGGGUGGCGCUGGUCUUCCCAAACAACGACCCUGGUGCUUUCAUGACGGCUUUUUAUGGCUGCCUGCUGGCGGAGGUCGUCCCUGUGCCAAUAGAAGUGCCGCUCAGCAGGAAGGACGCCGGCAGCCAGCAGAUCGGCUUUCUGCUGGGGAGCUGUGGAGUCACCGUGGCCCUGACCAGUGACGCCUGCCUCAAAGGCCUGCCGAAGAGCCCCACCGGGGAGGUCCAGCAGUUCAAAGGCUGGCCAAAGGUGCUGUGGUUUGUCACUGAGUCCAAACACCUCUCCAAACCGCCCAGAGACUGGUUCCCGUACAUCAAGGAUGCCACUCAGGACACGGCCUACAUCGAGUAUAAAACGUGUAAAGACGGCGGCGUGCUUGGUGUGACGGUGACGAGGAUUGCCAUGCUCACGCACUGCCAGAGCCUCACACAGUCCUGCUCCUACUCAGAAGCUGAGAUCAUAGUGAAUGUUCUAGAUUUCAAGAAGGAUGUGGGCUUGUGGCACGCCGUCCAGACGAGUGUGAUGAACAUGAUGCAUGUCAUCAGUAUUCCUUAUGCUCUCAUGAAGGUGAACCCGCUAUCCUGGAUCCAGAAAGUCUGCCAGUACAAAGCUAAGGUGUCGUGUGUGAAAUCGCGGGACAUGCACUGGGCUUUGGUGGCCCACCGGGACCAGCGAGACAUCAACCUGAGCUCAUUGCGCAUGCUGGUGGUGGCUGACGGUUCAAAUCCAUGGUCGAUUUCUUCCUGUGACGCCUUCCUCAACGUCUUCCAAACUAAAGGUUUGAAGCCGGAGGUCAUCUGUCCCUGUGCCAGCUCCCCCGAGGCACUGACUGUCGCCAUACAGAGGCCCGUGGAGGAGGGCACCACGCCUCCUGGGCGGGGCGUCCUGUCCAUGCAGGGUCUGAGCCACGGCGUGAUCCGGGUCGACUCGGAGGAGAAACUGUCGGUCCUGACGCUGCAGGACGUCGGUUCUGUCAUGCCGGGAGGUGUGAUGUGUGUGGUGAGGCUCGAAGGCGUUCCUCAGCUCUGUAAAACCGACGAGAUCGGCGAGUUGUGCGUUUGCACUGUUGCCACAGGAACCUCGUAUUACGGCCUCAGCGGCAUGACCAAGAACACCUUUGAGGUCUUCCCUUUGGCCAACAACGGCUCCUCUGUCAGCGACCUUCCCUUCACCAGGACCGGCCUUCUGGGAUUCAUCGGGCCCGCCGGUCUGAUCUUUGUUGCCGGGAAGAUGGAGGGCCUGAUGGUGGUCGGAGGACGCCGGCACAACGCGGACGACAUCGUUGCCACGGCGCUGGCUGUGGAGCCCAUGAAGUUUGUGUACAGGGGGAGGAUAGCAGUGUUCUCCAUCACAGUGUUGCAUGAUGAGAGGAUUGUGGUUGUAGCCGAGCAGAGGCCAGACUCCACGGAGGAGGACAGCUUCCAGUGGAUGAGCAGAGUUCUGCAGGCUAUAGACAGCAUCCACCAGGUGGGGGUGUACUGCCUGGCUCUGGUGCCCUCUAACACCCUGCCAAAAACCCCCUUGGGUGGGAUCCACUUAUCGGAAACCAAGCAGCUCUUCCUGGAGGGGGCGCUGCACCCCUGCAAUGUGCUCAUGUGCCCACACACCUGCGUCACCAACCUGCCCAAACCUCGGCAGAAGCAGCCAGAGAUCGGUCCUGCAUCUGUGAUGGUGGGUAAUCUGGUGUCGGGGAAGAGGAUCGCUCAGGCCAGCGGCAGAGAUCUGGGUCAGAUCGAAGACAAUGACCAGGCAAGGAAGUUCCUCUUCCUGUCUGAGGUGUUGCAGUGGAGAGCCCAGACCACUCCAGACCACGUCCUCUACACCCUCCUAAACUCCAGGGGUACAAUAGCCAGCUCGCUGACUUGUGUUCAGCUUCACAAGAGAGCAGAGAAGAUCGCUGCCAUCCUGGCUGAACGGGGCCACCUGCAGGACGGAGACCACGUUGCCCUAGUCUACCCUCCAGGCAUCGACCUCAUUGCUGCGUUCUACGGCUGCCUUUACGCCGGCUGCGUGCCGAUCACAGUGCGGCCGCCUCAUCCGCAAAACAUCUCCACCACGCUGCCCACUGUCAAGAUGAUCGUGGAGGUGAGCCGGUCCGUCUGUGUGAUGACCACGCAGGUCAUCUCCAAGCUGCUGAGAUCAAAGGAGGCAUCAGCGACCGUGGACGUCAGGACCUGGCCUCCCAUCAUGGACACAGACGAUUUGCCCAAGAAGAAGCCUCCUUUGCUGCACAAGCCCUCGAACCCGGACACCUUGGCCUACCUGGACUUCAGUGUCUCCACCACCGGCAUGCUUGCUGGGGUCAAAAUGUCUCACACUGCCACCAGUGCCUUCUGCCGCUCCAUCAAGCUGCAGUGUGAGCUGUAUCCGUCCCGAGAGGUCGCCAUCUGCCUGGACCCGUACUGCGGCCUCGGCUUCGUCCUCUGGUGCCUUUGCAGUGUGUACUCGGGUCACCAGUCCAUCCUGAUCCCUCCGUCUGAGCUGGAGGUGAACCCGGCUCUGUGGCUGUCAGCUGUCAGUCAGUACAAAGUCCGGGACACGUUCUGCUCCUACAGCGUCAUGGAGCUCUGCACCAAAGGCCUGGGUCUGCAGACGGACUCGCUGAAGUCUCGAGGGCUGGACUUGUCUCGAGUGAGGACCUGUGUGGUGGUAGCAGAGGAGCGCCCCAGGACAGCGCUGACCCAGUCGUUCUCCAAGCUCUUCAAGGACUUGGGGCUCCACCCCCGGGCCGUCAGCACCUCCUUCGGCUGCAGAGUCAACCUGGCCAUCUGCCUGCAGGGUACAUCAGGACCCGACCCCACCACGGUUUAUGUUGACAUGAGGGCGCUGCGGCACGACAGAGUCAGGCUGGUAGAGAGGGGGUCCCCACACAGUCUGUCCCUCAUGGAGUCUGGAAAGAUCCUGCCUGGAGUCCGAAUCAUCAUCGCAAACCCAGAGACUAAAGGACCAAUGGGGGAGUCGCAUCUGGGAGAGAUCUGGGUGCACAGCGGCCACAACGCCAGCGGCUACUUCACCGUGUACGGAGACGAGGCGCUGCAGUCGGACCACUUCAGCUCCAGACUCAGCUUCGGAGACACGCAGACCGUCUGGGCUCGGACCGGGUACCUGGGCUUCCUCCGCAGGACCGAGCUCACGGACGCCUGUGGAGAGCGCCAUGAUGCCCUGUACGUGGUCGGCGCUCUGGAGGAGGCCAUGGAGCUCAGAGGGAUGCGCUAUCACCCCAUCGACAUCGAGACGUCUGUGAUCAGGACACACAAGAGCAUCAUAGAGUGCGCUGUGUUCACCUGGACCAACCUGCUGGUGGUGGUGGUGGAGCUGGAUGGCUCCGAGCAGGAGGCUCUGGACCUGGUCCCUCUGGUGACCAACGUGGUUCUGGAGGAGCACUACCUGAUCGUGGGCGUUGUGGUGGUGGUGGACAUCGGCGUCAUCCCCAUCAACUCCCGCGGUGAGAAGCAGCGCAUGCACCUGCGUGACGGCUUCCUGGCCGACCAGCUGGACCCCAUUUAUGUGGCUUAUAACAUGUAGCGCCGCCUAGUGGAUUAAUAUUUAAUCUGACUAAGAGGCGCGGCAGGAAGCCCUCCGUUUCACCGCACAGAGGUGACCUUACAGAUGGAGGACGAUCACUAACAUAGCAAAGAUGUUUGCUUUUACAUUUACGCUCACUUUGGAAACCUGCUUCCUUAACCUUUUUUUUCUUUUUUACACGUCCUUGUAAAAUUGUAGCUAUUUUUUGAGAUGUAAAUUUCCACAAAAAAAUGUUCAACAUAUCUUGAGUUUUUGCUGCAUCAGCCAUGACAAAAACUGAGCUGUGUUUCUACCAGUUGAUGUUGCUAUGAGGUACGUCUGAGCUUCUAUUUUGUAGACUAGCCAAAACGUUUGCAUCCAAACACCUUGCAGCCUUUAUUUUUUCGUACAAAAAACAUCCACUUUUAACCACUCGUAUCCUGUAAGUAUGUACAAAAAAAGACUGACAUAAUUUAUUUUGUUUCUCUUUUAGAAAUACAAGAAAGAUAUUCAAGAAUGUUUUCUUCUGAAUAUUUGCUAAUAUAAGAAAAAAACAUUAUCUAGAGUGAAAUAGAGUCUUAUAUCAAGCAUAUUAUAAAAACAGAGAUUAUAUGUUGAUAGAUUAUAUUGAAAAGUAAGAAAUAUUCCUGCAGUGAAGUCUGAUGUUGACAGGCAGGUUUUACUCCAGGUUGGUCACCAGAACAAAACCGAUUCAUUCUGCAUAGGUUAAAACACUCUGAACAUUUUCUGUAUUUGACUAUUCUAAUCAAUAUUUUAUUUUAAAAAUGUCAUUUAUUCUGAAAAACAUAAAAAUUUAAAAUCAGUGUCUAAUUUGAGAUGCGAUGAAAAGAACCAGUGACAUUGAAUGGAGCUCCAGUGGCUUUAAUCCCAUUAUUUACCUUUUGUUGCCCUCUUGUGGCCGUAUGGCGAAUUACAUUUUUUCUUUUAUUCAGGCCCUUUUUUAAAUGUUUGCAAAUGUUUCAAAACAGUACAAAUUUAACUGGAUUACAACCUGUCUGUCACCCAGCAGCUGCCCCCCCACCCCUCGCCCCCAGCUCAGAAAUGGUGCAUCAACUUUGCCUUGUAAAUAGGAGUUAGGAGUCCGUCAUAUUUUUACAUGUACAGAUCAAUCAGGGCUCAGCACACAGUGAUGUCAAACAGGAGUUCGAGUGUUUUAUCAGGAACCCUUUAAGGAUUUGCAGACGUCGUUGCAUCGGCUCAGAAUGUUCUGGUGUUUUUAAUGAAUGAUAAAAGCUCUCAUCGCCGGGUUUCUUCUUUCAGCAGCAACAUAUACGUCCCCCGGAUUGUUUUUUAUGGUUUUAAGAAUGUCUUAUUUGAGUUGUCUUUCAUUUAAAUAAGUAUUUUGACAAUAAACUAUCUUUGUUACUCUGCAA